AUGCUCCUGGACCGCCUUGACGUCAGUGCCCGAGGAGCUAGCGCUGGGCAGGCGGCGGGCGCGGUGGUCGGGAUCCUUGCCGGGCGGUUGGUGACCUUCCCAGAGUCCGCAAUAAAUGAUUUAGAUGCAGAAGAAAAUCAAAACGUAAUAGAAAUGUCGAGAGGCAAAGUAAGAGAAAAACUAAAAAAUGUUCAGAUUAACCAAGACGAAAAAUCUUUAACUCACCUACUCAUUGAUGAUAAGAUAUAUCAAUGGCCUAAGGUUAAUCCACAGACUGAAGUCUCAUUCGAUGAAGGCCUUUGGUUUUUCAUGCCGUGUGGUGACAAAGGCUCCGAUUCAGGCCGGUGUUCAGAGCAGAGAUCAGUAAAUGACAGCUAUCCCAAACACUUUUCACUUGAUGAUAAUUUACAAAAUUUUGCUGAAGACCAAGGUGAAGAUUUUAUGCAGGAAGUCAUUUUUCCAGAUUUACUUGAAGUAAAAGCUGCUGAAUAUGAAGUUGAUCAAGAACAAAUCAGAAAACAACAGGCAAACAUUUUUGUGCCAAGUAAUUCUCCAGUGGCCAACGAGCGUAAACUGCCAAAAGAUAUGAUGCCACGCAUUUUAGAAGAUGAAGGAUUCUAUAUUCAGAGAAAACCAGAAAUCCGUAAAAAGACCUGCAACAAAAUGGAAAAUCGCCUACUUACCGUAGAAGAGGGGAAGAGUUGGUUUGAAGAAAGUGGAGAAAUUAUGUCAUUACCUUCACCCAUCAGACAAUCAUGGAAUUUCAGGCUAAACACAAGCAAGGGAUCUUUAAAUCCAGCACUAAAGACCAUAUACAGAAAGGCAGUGAAACCUGAUCUGGAAAGCUCUAUGAGGAACAAAAUGGAAGGUCAAAGGGAAAUGUAUCAAUUAGAUCUUAACAUUGUGGGUUUGCAAUUCAGCCAUCAUCCUCUCUUCAAUCAAGAACAAGUGUUAUGUGCUAGGCUGCUUCAACUUUAUGAGUGUUUUCAGGACAGGCAGCAACAGAAUUUACCUCAGCUGCUUUACGAGAAGCUGAUAGCACUGAGAGACGCUACCAAAUUAGCAAGUGAAAAUUUGGAAAUAAGUCAGCUAACCAAAAAAUCUUUACAAGAUUAUUAUUGGCAGAUAAGUAAUACAAAACAGCUUUAUGAUUUAGAAAGAGGAAAAGACUUCUCCCUAUUACACAGUAUAUCACGGACUUGGAAACAAAUAAAAUCCCUCCGACAACAGCAAGGGUUUACAAGCACCCCAGUAAAGUUACAGUUUCAAAGGGUAAAAAUGAAUAAAUGUGAUGAGCAAAACCAAGAAGAACUGUUAGAAAUGUCUGAGACUCAGAAGAAAACUGAAGGAAAAGCAUUUAAGAAUGGGGAUAAAUGGGAGAGCCUCUCAUACUUAGCUUCAGAACUUGAAGAAACAGACAUUGAAAGAAUAAGACCAAUUACCUUGAUCCCACAACUUUCUUUCACUACAGAAUUAACAAACUUAUCCAAGUGUUCACUGCAUGAACAAAAGAGGAGAGCCAAAAUUCAGAAGCUUAAAUAUUUUAUUAAAAUAUUAUCCAACGAUAAACAAGUUUCUUGCACUUCCGUAUCUCCCCUACAGUUUGAUUUUAAAGUCAUGUUUCAGCAAAUUUUCAAUAUUCAGAUAAUAUGUUGGCCAGAAACAAUUUGCUUGGAGGUUUAUGAAGUAAGUCAAAGGACAAGCUUACUGGCAAAACUGUAUUUACCUUUACCUAACAGCACAGAGGUGAAAAGCAAAACUGUUUUGGAAUAUGUAGAGUUUAGCUCUGAUGAGCUGGUCACACCUGCAUAUGGAGAAGUAGGAAGCAAUGUGCCUUUUAUUCUUGAGGGAAAUGCAACUGAAGAACUUUGUCUUUUGACAUCAGGAAAACUUAGCUACUGUCUAUCAUGGGCUUUAGACGAAAAUGGUAUUCCUCUGACACCCAAGUCGCAGUCCUUAAGAUCUGCUUACUGCAGUGUGUUAAGGAAUGUAGACGCAAGAGGCGUUCCUGGAAUUCCAUGGCUCAUUAAUGCACGGAAGCUUUUUGAAUGGGCAAACGAAGUAAAAAUUGAUCCAAAUAAUCCAGAAUAUUCUGAUUUAAUGGAAUUUGUCAUGUACAUGAAACAUAAAGGACAGGACAUUCCAAAGUAUUUUCGUCUUGAACAGAUGCAAGAUGAAUUUAACUUUGUCUCUGAAGAGGAAAUGGAAAAGAGUAAACGUUUCCAGCUAUUGCAACUUAGAAAUGCAGGUCAAUUAGAUGUUUUCCUUCUGCAGCAAAUGCCUCUCUAUGAUAAAGAGAUUCCAGAUUUAGUCUUCCAGGAAUAUGAAACUCAGAUAGAGAAGGAUAUCCCCAUUUCAGAUGUCAAUUCUAUUACUGCACAACGGAUUAAUUCUGCCAAUUUUCUGAAAAAGAUGAAAAAGUUGAUAAUGAGAAGAAUUGUCAAAGUUAGCAAAGUUAACUUAUCGGAUGUUGUGGCUGAUUAUGAAGAAAUUGUAUCUGCAAGCCAGUUGACAUAUGCAGUUUGUAAGCUUGUUGAACGACAAAGAAAGUUAAAGCCUCAGAGGAAAGAAAGGAGAAAGGUGGCCGCACAGACUAUCUGUGAUGGAGAUAUUAAGAUUCUUGUUAGAAUACUGCGGGCUUACAAUAUUCCUACCAGAAACACAACAGUUAAUAGAGCCUUGGAUCUGCCCACUUAUUUGAUAUCAUCCGUAUCUCACCUCAGACAUAAGGAAACAGUCAAAUCAGUAUCUUCAGAUGAGAUCUUAAAUGAGGGUACUAUAUACCCUUUUGUGGAAGUUUCCUUUCAACACACUGUAUACCGAACCAGUACUGCAAGUGGAUCUCAUCCAUGCUGGAACGAAGAAAUUAAAGUAGAUUUUAUCUCACCAGGACAUGAUUAUAGCUUCUCAAGCUUAUCUAAAAUAAAAGAUAAUAUAUAUAUCAACAUUUUUGAUGAAAUGAUUAUUGAAAAACAGGAUCCCUAUUGCAAGAGCUGCAGUAGUUAUUCACAUAUAAGAAAGAAUUGGCUCGGGUCCAUUGUCUUCCCUUUCUCUGCUCUUCUGCAACAAUCUGAGAUUAGCGGAACAUUUCAAGUAAAUACUCCGCCAGUUUUGCUUGGGUAUACUUGGAGUAAGACUCAUGCGUCUCCUAAAGAAGAUUAUAAUGGGCAGAAUUUUAAAGAAUCUACCUUCUUAAAUAUUUUUGCUACCAUUGAACCUCAAAUAUCAUAUGUCACCUGUAAUCCAGAACUAGACAAGUUUUCAGAUCAAACAGAUGUUUUCAAGAGAGCACAGAUUUUUAAAAAAAGUUGUCAGGCGAUGUUUCCCAACCGAAGAGUCACAGCUACUGUCUUUAAUGGUGAAGGGAUACAGAUCUUAGUAACAAGAUAUAUCAAGGCAUUAAACCCACCUCAGCAACUCCUGGAUAUAUUUCUUCAUGAUUCUAAUGCAACACUUGACCUCAUUGCUCGCUUUGUAUCUUUGAUUCCUGUUGUGCCCGAUGUUCUGGAUGAAAAUGAUGGUUUUGAUAUAUGGAUGACAUCAGAGCGCUGCAUCAGUUUGGCUAUUGGGAAUAAGGAAGAGCAUGCCAUACUGCUCUGUAAUUUCUUUCUGUAUUUUGGAAAGAAAGCUUUAGUCGUCCUGGGGACUUCAAUGUUGGAAGGGCAAGUAGCUUAUGUAUUAACUCAAGAAACUGAUGAAUUUUUGCUUUGGAAUCCAUUAACUGGGCAAUGUCAUAAGCAGUUUGACCCAUUUUGUCCCUUACAAAGUGUGGACUGUUUGUUUGAUGAUGGAAAUGUCUGGUUUAAUAUUCAACAAAAUAAUACACCAAUGGCUGUACAUUUUGACUAUUCAAAAGAAAGUUUCUGGAAACAGUUGCUUCCAAAAGAUUUCCAAGGGACAAACGCACAAAGCAUACAGCCUGAGGAAAUAAUUUAUUGUGAGACUAAUAAAAGCAUGAUAGAAGAUCUAAAGAACAGGAUUGAGAGGACUCUGAAAUGUAAAAUGAUGGAAUGGCGACCUAAACAGCCAACACACUGGAAUCGACAAUGUACUUAUAUUUUGCAAAAAAUCCUUCCUAAGCUAGAACUUGGCACUGGAAGCUUUGUUUUAUCUGAAGAAGAGGGUGAAUUUGAAAGACUACUCCAAUUUUAUUGGGUCACAGGAUUUCCUAUGCAGAUGCCAUACACUGAUGUGCAGUCAAUUAUUGACGCUGUGUAUCAAACUGGAAUUCACUCUUCUGAAUUUCCCCAGACAGAAUUUGCUCUAGCUGUAUACAUUCACCCAUACCCAAACAACGUAUUAUCUGUGUGGGUCUAUUUGGCUUCCUUAGCUCGACAUGAGUGA